AUGGAGAAUAUUCAAUUGUAUCUGUCGGCUGCACGAAAGUGGGUGCAGGAAGGUAUUGACGCAUGCAGCAGUUACCUUCAUCUUAUAGCAUGGGCACUUCCAGCCCUACUGACAAUUGCAGUUUUUGUCACACAUAAAGUCGAUGCGUCUGAAUUAACCGGGAUUUGCUCUGUUGGUAAUGCUAACCCGUGGGCUUUACUUGGAUUUGUCAUCAUACCGAAGCUGCUGUUUGUCCUUCUUGGAAGCUGUUUUAUAAUUGCUGGGUUUUCGAGUAUGUGCCGAGAAAGAGAUUCCUUCAGAAGAAGGGGCACAGAUACAUCGAAAUUGGAAAAAUUAAUGGUUAAAAUGGGAAUAUUCAGCGCAUUUUACAUAAUUCCUGCAGUUAUUAUGGUUGUCUGUGAUUGUUACCAUAUGUUUAUUCUGCUGAAAUGGCACACGUCUUCAAUUGCGUGCAAAAUAUACAGCACGCCAGGAAACAGCCUGUGCAAAAAUCCUGAAAAACUUCCCUUACCACAGUCUGAGUUGUAUAAGUUAAAUGUAAUAAUGUCUCUGUUGGUGGGUAUAUCAACGAGCAUGUGGACAGUUUCAAAGAAAACCUUUCACUCAUGGCAACGGGUACUGUGCUGUGGUUUAUGCUCAUCAGCGCCAGCGAAAAGUACACUUUCUGUCGGCGGGGCAUCUUCAGCUCUGAAUCGCCCGUUGAUACCAUCGGCUCAACCGCCACCCCCUCCCCACCAUUACCUUCCGAUGGCAUCGUCGUCGGCACCGUCGAAUCAGUUAGCCGUGACACAGUCAGCUUGGAAACAGUCUAAAAUUGUCUAG